AACUCCUUGCCCUCCCAAGGAUCCCCCUAUUCGUACUCGUAGCAUUUCAGGGUGUCAGGAGCGCUGUGCUGACCUGCCACAUCGAGGCGGGCACUAGGGCCGCUGUCAGAGGGAGAUCUCUGCCUGUCACAGGCAACAGGCCACACCGCCCCAAGCAGACCCGGCCCCCCCUGCCACUUCCGUCUGAUUCCUCUCGCCUCGCCGCUGGCCUGGUUUAUAUACCGCCUCCCCCGUCCUCUCCGCGCCCCUUUCCUCCGCUGCCCUCCUCUUCUCUUCUCCCUCGAUUCAGAGCUCCGCGAAUUCGGACAGAGCAAAAGCGCGGCGCGUCCGUGUCGACCCCUUCCCCCCUGCGACGAGUCUCCUGCCGCUUCCCGGCCGGGCGAAAUGGAAGGUGUCGUUGUCAGGAGGGUCAUCCCUUCGGAUAACAGUUGCCUCUUCAAUGCUGUGGGCUACGUGAUGGAGCACAGCAGAAAUAAGGCUUCUGAGCUCAGACAGGUAAUAGCAGCAACAGUUGCUAGUGAUCCCGAGAAAUACAACGAAGCAUUUCUUGGCAAACCAAAUGAAGCCUAUUGUGCUUGGAUUUUGGAUCCUGAAAAGUGGGGAGGGGCCAUUGAACUUUCUAUUCUAUCUGAAUAUUACGGGCGUGAAAUUGCGGCAUAUGACAUUCAGACCACCCGCUGUGAUCUCUAUGGUCAGGAGAAGAAUUAUAGUGAAAGGGCCAUGCUCAUUUAUGAUGGAUUGCAUUACGAUGCUCUUGCUAUGUCUCCAGCUGAAGGAGCACCAGAAGAAUUUGACCAGACAAUCUUCCCUGUCAAUCAUAACCGUUCCAUUGGUCCAGCAGAAGGCCUUGCCCUCAACUUAGUGAAGGAGGCGCAAAGGAAGAGGAGCUAUACUGACACCGCAAACUUCACUCUGCGCUGUGGGGUGUGCCAGAUCGGCGUCAUCGGUCAAAAGGAGGCCGUCGAACAUGCGCAAGCCACUGGCCAUGUCAACUUCCAAGAAUACAAAUGACAGUACAAGAAUAGACUGUUCUGUUGUUGUAAACUUGACUAUCAUUUGGUUCCAACUGACAUGCUCCUUCUGUUGGAUAUGGUUGGCACUACUUUGUAUCACAGUGUAAUUCUUACAGGGCAAACAGAAUAAUGGUCUUCUUCGUUAUGGAUAAUGUCUAAAUUGCCUGCCCAUCUCUGUUGAA